AUGCAGAACGAGAACGGCCAGUCGAUCGACAUCUACAUCCCGCGCAAAUGCUCGUGGACCAACCGCAUCCUUGCGGCCAAGGACAACGCCUCGGUGCAGAUCAACGUGGGCCGCGUGAACGCUGAUGGCGUCUUUACGGGCGAGUCGGACACGUUCGCUCUUGCUGGCUACAUCCGUCACCACGGCGAAGGCGACAUGGCUCUGACGGAGUUGGCGCGUCAGGCGGACGCCAAGAACUAA